CAGUGAUGAAAGUGAGUAUUUUUAGAGCAGACGAGAACUUCUGCGGUGUCACACAAACACACUGGAUGUGUCAUUUGAAAUCAGGAAAUUUUUGAUAUUUAACACAAACCAAGAUGAGCGCUCAAGAGGAAUUAGCUUUGCUUGAUCGUGUAUUUCUACGUGUCGGGUCCGCAACCACUGAUGAAGAACUUGAAAAGUUUGUCAACAGAUUUCUACCACCAGUUUUACUCAAACUUGCAAGUAAGCAUGAAGGGGUUCGCAAAAAGGUCAUACAGUUGCUGGCACAUGUCAACAAACGAUUGAAAAGCAGGCCACAGAUACAGUUGCCAAUGGAAGCUCUACUUAAUCAGUAUAAGGACCCUGCCAGUAGCUCAUUUGUCACUAACUUCACAAUUAUGUACAUGAAAGAUGGUUACAGUCGCUUACCUGAUAAGAAGAAAGGUCCCCUUGUUGGUUCUCUUAUUCAAUGCUUAGAAGAUAAACCAACACAUCAACAACAUCUUCUCUUACAGAUGAUAGUCUCUGCUUUACCUUAUAUUGAGUUGCCGAAAGAUGUUAAAAAGAAAGAAUCACUAUUUGGAUUAUCAGGGAAGCAUGAUAUUGCCAAUCUGUUGUUGGAUUUCAUGCUUGACUACCUCCUUCUUCCAUACACAUUUAGUGUAGUUACACCUGAGAAUGCCACAGUAGGUCUUGGUGCACCAAGACCUGCUACUGCUACUGCUGGAGAUGCCACAAACACCCUGAAGCUGAACAUACCACCAGGCCUAAGUGCUAAUGCUCUAAAGAAAGUGAUUGGAGACAGAAUUCCAGAAGCUCAAGAUAUUGAAUUGAGGAAAGUAGGUAUUGUGAAGUUCAUCAGUGCUGAGAUCCUCCCAGAGAAAGAUGUAGCUUGCCAUCUGAUAGUAGCAUCAGCUGACACCCGUUAUAAAGUUGUAACAGGAGCAGACAUUGCAAUUAAGCGUUUUCAAGGUGAGGUAAAUUGGAAUGAUGCUGCUGUAGUAGACAAACUCUACACUUUAUUUCUUGGCAAUAAGGCUACUGCGAAAGUGGCAAACAUGGUAGCUGAUAAUGUACGUCAACCCGUAGCGACCAGGAUUAAAUUGAAACUGUUUCCGUACCUGCUCAAGUCAAGGGAGGCUACAAAUCAUACACAGAACUUACUAAAGGUGGUGUCAGAGUGUGUAAGUGGAGAGUCGAGCCACGAUAAGCUUACAAUGAUGGGUCUGCAGUUUGUCCACCAUGUGUCAACACACAGCAGUGAGGCUAACCUGAAGGCAAUGGGUUCAAUAUUGAUGCCAAUGAUGGUGGAGGCAACGCAGACCAAAAAAAACAGCAAGCAAAAAGGAUUGGCAUACACAGCUGUUGCUAAAUUAUCAAAGAGGUUGCCAGAACUUGUUACAAACGACAUUUCAAUUGUACAGAGCUUCUUUGAUGCCUUGUGCAAGGAGGAUCCUGAGAUGAGGAUGCACAUACAGGAAGCCCUGUCCAUGAUGACAGAUGCAUUUAAGGACAUGCCAGAAGCUAACCUUUUGACUAUGGAAGCUAUUAUCUUAAGUAAUGCAGAGAAGGUCGAGCCACAGGCCCGCCUAGCAGCAGCCCAGUAUGCUGCCCAAGUCUUUCCAUCAAAUCACAUACCUUCUAGAUACGUCUUACUCCUGAACACCGCUGACAGUAAAGAAGACAUUCGUCAGAUGAGUUUGAAAGCAGUGCAUGUUGGAGUGAAACAGGAUUUAUCCAUUCAGACUGAGAUUCCUAAAGGAACUCAUCUGAUGCCUAAAUUCCAGGAGAUGGCCCAUUAUAUUUACCAAAAAGCUAAAUUACGGAUCAAAGGGACGUCAAGAGUUACAAUAGGAACAAUGGUGAUUCCAUUUACCCCAGCUGUGUUCAACGAGAUCAUAUUUUACCUGCGGUCCUGCCUAGUCUAUGAAACAGGAGUAACACCUGUCAUGGAUGCUUUAGAAAUGCAGGACCAAGCACCAGGACUUUACCCACAUGUCCAAGAACUCCUCAGCAGUCCUGGAGGAGAGACUGUGAUGAACUAUGUUGACCUGAUACUACAACUUCUCAAUGUUUCUGCAGAACCUCAGGCCAUGUACUGCCUUGUGGAAAUUGUUGCAAUAGCUAACACUCUUUUGGCUGACAUGUUCUUUAAAAAACUUGACUGGAUAAAGAAUUUCAUGAAAUCUGGACGGGAAGUUAUUCGUGAUCUUGCUGCUCAGUUGAUGUCAGUGGUGGGAAAUGCUGCUGAUCAAAGUCAACUCUCAGUCAUUCUCACUGAUUUACUAAACCUGGCCAAAAGCAAGAGUCUAGAAAUUCAGCAUGGGGCCAUCCUAGGCCUAGGCUACACCAUUGGUAGACGAUAUUUAUUAGAUAGGAAAGCAAAAGAAGAUGUCAUGGUGGAAGAUAUGGAAGUUGAUGAGUCCACUACAACUCAUGGCAUAGCUGCAGUUAUAAAAGAAGCUGUAGAGUAUAUAGCAAAAUGUUUAGGCAGCGAUCAAGAACUUUUAUGCAUUGCUGCCUGCACUGCCAUUGGGGAAAUUGGCCGCAACGGAACACUUCCAUUUCCCAGGACCCAAAGAAAUCAACCGGAAGAAAAAAGUGUAAAGCAUGAAGAUGCCAACAUGAAGGAUGGUAUAAAGAAAGCUAAAAUGAAUGAGGAAAAACAAACAGAUGAAGAUAUGAAAGUAGAUGAAGAAGUAAAUGAUGGGAUGAACCUCUUUUCAAUUGUCAAGAAACUUAGUUCUAAACUUUACUCAAUCAAAAUUCCACAUAAGUUGAAGGAGAGAGCCUGCAAGAACCUUGGUUAUAUACCCAUUGGUGAUCCUGAUUUCCCAUACACAGAAGAGGUUUUGAGGCUCCUAAUGAAAACAGCAGAUACCAAACAAAUAGAAUUACAGUUCACAGUAGGAGAAGCUGUUAGUCAGGCUGCUUUGGCAUUCCACUGUCCUGCAAGAAGGGAUGUCUGGAGCCAGGCUGAACCUGUUCUUGAUCUCACUGAGGAUGAAGCAGCUAAGGAUAGAGUAGAGUGGACCUUACUGAAGAUCUUGAAAGAAUAUGUGACCAGUGAAAAUCCACAUAAGAAACAGGCUGCUUGUAUUUGGUUGUUAUCUAUGGUAAAGCAAUGUGGCAGCCAUCCUGCAUUAAAGUGCCGCUUCAAGGAACUUCAGCAGGCAUUCAUGGACCUACUGAGUGAAAAUAAUGAAUUCACACAGGAUGUUGCAUCCAAGGGGUUAAGUCUUGUUUAUGAGCAGAGCAGUGAAGAGAGUCGACAGGAACUUGUUACUGCAUUAGUGGAUAGGCUUAUGACUGGUAAAAGAGCCAAGCAAACAGUGACUGAUGAUACUAAAUUAUUUGACGAAGGGGCUCUAGGAAAAAAUCCCACUGGAGGUGGCCUAACAACUUACAAAGAGCUGUGCUCAUUGGCUAGUGAUCUCAACCAACCAGAUUUGGUGUACAAAUUUAUGCAUCUAGCCAGCCACAAUGCAAUGUGGAACUCAAGAAAGGGAGCUGCAUUUGGAUUUGGGACAAUUGCCAAGCAGGCCAGUGAGCAGCUAGCUGCCCACUUGCCCAAUAUUGUCCCCAGGCUGUACCGAUACCAGUACGAUCCAAACAGACAGAUCCAACAGGCCAUGACCAGCAUUUGGUCUGCACUCGUGACUGAUGAAAAGAAGGUGAUUGACCAAUACUUGCUGGAGAUCCUUAAGGAUGUGCAGGUCAACCUGACUAACUCUCAAUGGAGGAAUCGCGAGUCAAGUUGCAGAGCUCUGGUGGAUCUCCUGAGGAACAGGGAGCUGGAUAGUUUAGUCAGUGAACUGCCAGAACUAUGGGAGACUUGUUUACGGGUGGCUGAUGAUAUUAAGGCAACAGUGAGAGAAGCAGCUGAGGCAUCUUGCCGCCAACUUAGCAAGGUAUCAAUCAAACUAUGUGAUGUGGACAGGGGUAAGCUAGGGACCCAGGCCAUUGCAGCUGUUCUACCAUGUCUCCUCAAAGGACUUUCAAGUGCAAUCGAUAAAGCUAAAAAGAUAUGCUUGGAUACUAUUGUGAAAAUUGCUAAGAAUGCAGGUAAAAUGCUGACGCCUCACAUUCCACUAUUGGUUGUUGCUUUGCUUGAGUCGUUAAGUGGACUUGAAGACGACCGUUUGAAUUAUCUGUCUUUACGUGUCAGUGGAAACGAAGGUGUUGUUGAGAAGCUUGAUGAUAUAAGAGUAGCAGCUGCUAAAUCUUCUUCAAUGAUGGAGACAGUAGCCCUGUGCACACAAUAUGUUGACAAAGAGGUUUUAAAGGAACUUGUACCUAGACUUAUCGAUGUCAUAAAAUAUGGAGUUGGAGUAAAUACUAAGGCUGGAGCAGCUAAUUUCAUGGUGAUGCUGAGCAACCAUUGCCCCAGGGAUCUUGAAGAAUAUGCAAGUAAGAUUCUGAGCAGUCUUCUAGCUGGUUUCAGUGAUCGUAGUGCUGCAGUCAGAAAAAGCAAUGCAUCAGCCAUUGGACAUCUUGUAGAGGUAGCAAAAGACAGUAGUGUUGAAAAACUCAUAAAUCGUCUCAAAUCCUGGUAUCUUGAAAAAGAUGAUGAUGUACUUCGCGACGCAUGCGGUUUGACUCUCCAUGCGAUUUCUCGUCACAAUGCUGAUAUUUUGAAGAAUCAUGCAUCUGCAGCUUUACCUUUGACAUUUUUAGCUAUGCAUGAGAAGUCAGAGAAAGGAAGAGGAAAUUCAGAUCAAGUGGAAUCCAUCUGGGAGGAAAUCUGGCUUGAUUCAACACCGGGCACUGAGGGCGGUAUUCGCUUAUUUCUACCAGAGCUUGUAGCCAUUACCCAAGAUGCACUAGCUUCACAGUCCUGGCCUAGAAAAGCUCAGGGAGCUAGAGCUAUUAACACCAUAGCUAGUAAGCUAGGCUCUACCCUGACACAGCCACAUCUUGGUAGGCUUCUGCAGCUGGUAGUGAAAGGCCUAGCUGGUAGAACAUGGGAUGGUAAGGAGGAGUUGUUAAAGGCACUAACAUCCCUGUGCACAAAAUCAAAGAAUGUGACGAUGAGUGAGGAAGAUACCUCAACAGAACAACUGACUAUGCAAGAGAUCUUAUUAGCAUUGUUGAAAGAGUGCAAGAAGGAGAAGAUUAGCUACAAGGUAGAGGCUUUGCAGUGUAUAUCUACAAUACUCUUGGCACAUGAUAUAGAUAGGUUUGCUGAAUUGGCAGAUAUUCUGUACCCUGUUAUAGACAAGCAGACCAAAAAAAAAGAUGGAGAUGAAGAGGAAGAAGAGGAAGAGGACAGGGAGGCACAAGAGGAGCAGCUGGUGCUGGAGGAAAAUGCUUAUGAAUGUCUAGGAAAAGCUUGGCCAAAGGCAAGGCAGACACAAGAUGCACAUCAUGAAAGAUUUUGUGGUUUUAUGUGUGCUGGUGUCGAAAUUAGUACAUUCAAAAUCCAGGUGUCAAUAUUGAAGGCAAUGUCACAAUUUCUAGAUAGGUUAGUGUACUUACAAGCUGAUCUCAGUUCUGAAGACAGAGCAAUUUUAAACUCUAUUUUGGAAAAGAUAAUUCCUGUAUUAUGUAGCAGGCUUGGUAUCAUCAAAUAUGUAGCCAUUAGAAGAUCAGCAGUGAAAAUUAUAGACAAUUUGGUAUCUAGGUUAUCAAGUGCAAAUGAAACAGAUGUUUUAGGUACUGAUUUGCGUGGUCAACUAUUGGAUGCACUGAACAAAAUGGGAGCUGACCCAGAUAGAGCAUUGAGAGACCAGGCCGCAGAUGCAAGAAAAGCCAUCUCAAGUCUACCUGCCUUACCUGUUGUGGAUGACGUGGAUAUGGCAACAGAUAAGGAAACAGAAGAGGUGGAGGAUGUAGACAUGAGCCAGAUGAAAGAUCAAGAAGGCCUAAAUGAAUGAACCCUAUGAGGAUUUUAAUGAUUUCUUCAAAACAGAUGCCAACAAACUGGUAGUACCUUAUCCACUAGGGUUACAUGUUCCAACUGAAUUUUGUUUUCCUAGAUGCCCUGAAAUGUGAUAUUCAACAGUAUACAUCAUUGUAUAUCCUUCACAUCCACUUAACUACCCAUUAUGUCACUAAAAAAAUACAGCGAGAAGUCAUUUUCAGUUGCUGCUCCUUACACUGGAAUAGUCUUCCAGUAGUCAUCCGAUAGUCCUCAACUUUCUUUGUAAUUAAGUCAGGACUCAAAACCCACCUUUUUUUAAAUUAAUUUAAUUUUCUUUGUUUAUAGAAAAAAAAAGAAAUUAUGAAAUAUCAUAGGUCUACAUAAAUAUUUAAGGCUGUUAAAUUGAAAUCAAAGUUGUUUCAGUUAUCCUACUUCAAAUGAUACAGUGAGAGGUCAUUUUCAAUUGCUGCUCUGCAGCUCUGGCGUGUUCUUCUGGUAUCCAUUUAUUAUUAUUAUUUAUUAUUGGUAGUCAUUCUUAUUUAAUUUAAAGCACAAGGCCAAGGUUUAACCACUAUUUUACCAUAUAGGAUAGGUUAUAAAUAAGUGGGAUGCAAGUUAUUGUGUGAGGCUUAUUAAAAAGUGCAGAAUUUCCAAGCGAACUUCCGUAGUAAUUCUGUUUUGCUGUAACACCACAUAAUGAUGUUUAAGAUUAAUAUAGAUAAGUAAAAGGGAUUGUUUUUAAUAUGUGAUAUGGCAAUAAAACCUAGAUCUUCUCAUUUAGAUCUGCAGGGGUCCCAAGUUGGAAGAAGUUAUUUCCCGGAGAUCUGCAGUGGUGGGUCGAAGGGUAGGUGUGGGGCGGGGCAGGGUGAGACUUUUAUAGAUGGACGGUCGAUACCUCAGCUCCACCGUGGUUGGAGAUGAGGUAAGAAAAAUUAUGAUUUAGGCACUUCCAGAUGGCCGGAAAUUACCCUAUCACACUUAAAUUUAAUUAUAAUUUCCUUUUCUACUCCAUUUUUUUUGCUUAAUGAUUUUGAAAUAUUCAUGGGCCCAAGCAGGCUGCCGUCAUCUGGCUAAUUAGCUUUCUUAAUACAUAGUGACACCCAUCGGCACUGACUUCCGUGAGGUAAUUGACAAUAAAGUAGUGAAGACAUGCAAAAUUAUGAAUUUGAUGAGAUGGGUUGAAUUAGUUUGUAUUCCUUUGCCUUCUCAUUUUCUGUAUUUGAAAAUGUUAUAAGGUUUUCCAUAGUAAAUUUUAUUUUCUUUCCUUAACAUUUGAUUUUAGCACAUGGAGUGCAAAUACCUUUACCUUAAAUCGAUUGAUAUUACUUGUUUUUAUGAGCAUAAUAUACAGUAUAACUUACAUGAUAUAAAUUUUUUAUUAAAAGACAGUACACAGUAUAAUAAAUAAAGGUAAUCAUCAAUGCAA